AUGCCUAGAAGAACACGAGGAAAGUCAUUGAAGAGAUUGAGGUCUUGUGAAAAUGGUGCAGAUCAAUCGGAAAGUACAACUCCUGCAAGAAAAUAUGCUGCUGUAAAUGAUGAAAGAACAAAGAUUUGCAGUGGUGCAUCUACGAGAAAAACAAUACCUGCAAUAAGUGUUACUCCUCUCAUUGGUAAUAAUAGUCACAAUCUUGUUCAUCAUAUCUAUAAUACAUCAUUCGGUAGAAUGUCACAACAUACAAUGAGAAAGAGUUUUUGUCAGCCAUUCGUUCAUAUUCUCUCCAACGCUAAAGUAUACAGAACAGCGAGUCCAUUUGAUAGGAGGGUCACUGCGCUUGAGUGGCAUCCUACACAUCCGACUGUCUUAGCCGCCGCUUCCAAAUGUGGUGAUAUGAUACUAUGGGACUAUGAAAGAACGGACAAACAGGAAUUCAUCUCAGGGACUGGCAAAGGCGACGCAAUUACUGGUUUGAAGUUCAAUGUCGACGAUCCCAAUACUGUCUAUACAUCCAGUGUGUUUGGUAAAAUCAGCUUACAGGAUUUCACUGGAAGACAAUCUAAAAUAUUAUUAGAAUCAGACGACUGGAUUCGUAAUUGGUAUUGUGCACUUGACGUGUCAUUUACGACUGGUCUGGUAACCGUUGGUGACAGCGUGGGCAAUGCUUUAUUGCUUAGUCGCGAAGGUAAAGUGCUUUGGAACCAUAAACUUCAUAAACAGAAAAUCACGCACUGUGAAUUCAAUCCCCAAUGUGAUUGGCUGCUGGUGACAUCAUCAGUCGACAAAACAGUGAAAUUAUGGGAUGUACGUAUGAUAAAGGGUAAAGACAGUGUUGUACAUGUGUUGAACCAUGAAAAACCAGUGAACUCAGCAUAUUUUAGUCCAGACAACAAUAGGCUACUAACAACAGACCAGUACAGUGAGAUACGUGUAUACCAUUCACCUGAUUGGAGUAGAGUAAUGAAAACAAUCUUGCAUCCACACAGGUUUUUUCAGCAUAUUACAGCUUUUAAGGCAACAUGGCAUCCUAUGUGUGACCUGAUAGUUGUUGGAAGAUAUCCAGAUGAGAAAUUUCCUGGCUACAUUCCCAAUGAAACUCGUAGUAUUGACGUCAUCGAUGUAAACACAGGAGAUAUUGUUUGUCAAAUAAAAGACAGUAAAGCGCCAGGUUUAAUAUCGUUAAAUAAGUUCAGUCAUGGUGGAGAUGUAUUGGCCUCCUCAAUGGGUGUGAAUAUCUUAAUUUGGCAUAAAAAUGUAGACAUAGAACGCAAACAACAAGCAAUGAUGGAAGAAAUGCGACUAAGUGGCGUAAAACCAAAUGAAGUAACAGAAAGCCAAAACAGAAGACGACCACAACAAAGGUCCACCAGAAUAGAUGCUGCAAUGAAAUCUAAGAUUGCUGCCAAACUAAGAAAACAAUGA